AUGGAAAGCAAGAAGGUUCGGGUAUGGAUCUGUGGAUCUUGAGGUUACUGGAGUAAGGCCAAUUUAACCAAACAAGCUUUAGUGCAAGAACUAAACUUAUCAGACUCUCAAAUCGAGUGCAUGCCAGGUGAGCCAAGACAACUCAAAGUCGACGUUGUUAUUGGUGGACAAUCCCACACCGUAAUCAGCAGAAAAGGAGCUUGCUUGCUUAAUUACUUAGUGUUUAAGGUUUCUAGUGUCCACUCCCUAAUGAAUAGGGGCUAAUCUAACUGGUGACGUACGGGUUUCGACCGAAGAUGGCUACACCACAGUCCCAGCGGUAGCCAGGGCCACACAUCUCACCCGGCUGGUUCCGUCACUCUCGUCAGAUUUAGCUCCAGCUCGUGUUCCUCAUAAGGGUCACCCUCCUCUUGGGGAUUUGCUAAGUGGUAAAAGCCCAAACCUCUCGAUGUUCUGAGGAGCAGCUCCUCUUGUUAUUUCUAGAGUUAAACCGCUUUUGCUGUGCAGAAGUUCUCAAGGUAAAACCAAACCCCAUAAAUAAAAUUCAUGAGGGAGAGAAAAUUAGCGAGAGCUAAUUUCUCUCGUUCGUCCAUUUUAUUUAUCAGCAGAAAAGGAGCAGACUUUUUCCCAAGACAUGCACCAAUGGAAAUUGUGGAGGCUGUAAGAAAAUACUUCUAA